UUUUGGGUUGCAGAAAGAAGGCAAGGGGGUUUGAAGAUUUGAAGAAGGGGCACUUGAUUAUGAACUAUCAAUUGCGCGCGAUAAUGAUUUGAUGUUUUAGAGGAAAGAUAAACGAAGCUCCAUAAACUGUCUUAUAUAUGUUGAAUCGAUUUCUUAACUAUAGAUUCUCCAGUCUGAAAGUGCUUUCGAGGCAGCGGCGCUGCUCCCAUAGCCAUCGUCAACAACUUCUUCAGCUGUGACACAUUAUCCAAAGGGAGUUGAAUAGCUGGGAUUCGCUUUGAAGAUAGUUAAAAAUUUCAGCUAUGGCUGAGGAUUUGGUGGUCAAGACUCAGAUGGUAAACCCAUGUUGUGCAACGUUAAAAGAGAAGAAUUCUAAGCUGGAAGCAUCGCGGACAGCCCUUCGACAAGGUGUGAAGAUGCAGAGUGAAAUGAUUGAUAAGCUUCAAAAUGAGAAUCAGAUUCUUAAGUUAGCACACAAAGAAGAGAAGGCGAAGGCUGAUAACGAAAGAAACGAGAAAGAAAAACAGUCAGCUCUUCAGGUUUCUUUGGAGAAUGAAAUAUGUUCAUUAAAGGCAGAGAUCUUGGCAUUGCAGGAAAAUACUACAUGUAAGGAAGCUCAGGAUUCCAACAAGGAGGAAGUAAUAUUCCUUCAAACACGAAUAUCUGAGGGACUAAAGGAAAUAAAUCUGCUGAAGGAGCAAUUGGAGAAAGAAACAAGCAAGGCAGAAUAUGAGUCUAAAAGAGCAUUGGAGGGAAAGAAGGAAGCAAGAGAAACGUUGAAAUUGGUGGAGGCUGAAAAAAGAAGGGCUGAUGAAGAGAAGAGAUUGGCAAAUGCUGAGAGGGAGAAGGCCAGAGCGAAUCUACUUCUACUGGAAAAGCUGAAGGUUGAAGCUAAUGAAUUAAGAUCAAAAUUAGUCUCUGAGGGAGUUAAAUAUGGAGAGUUAAAAAAUAAGCUGGAGGUAGAAAAGCAGAAGGCAAUGAAGGAGAAAACAUGUUCAUUAAAGGCCGAGAUCUUGUCAUCGCAGGAAAAUACUGCAUGUAAGGAAGCUCAGGACUCCAACAAGGACGAAGUAAUAUUCCUUCAAACACGAAUAUCUGAGGGGCUAGCGGAAAUAAAUCUGCUGAAGGAGCGUUUGGAGAAAGAAACAAGCAAGGCAGAAUAUGAGUCUAAAAGAGCAAUGGAGGGAAAGAAUGAAGCACGAGAAACGUUAAAAUUGGUGGAGGCUGAAAAAAGAAGGGCUGAUGAAGAGAAGAGAUUGACAAAUGCUGAGAGGGAGAAGGCCAGAGAGAAUCUACUUCUACUGGAAAAACUGAAGAUUGAAGCUAAUGAAUUAAGAUCAAAAUUGGUCUCUGAGGGAGUUAAAUAUGGAGAGUUUAAAAAAAAGCUGGAGGUAGAGAAGCAGAAGGCAUCGAAGGAGAAAAAACGUGCAGACAUGGCAACUGCAAAAGCAGAAGAGCACAGGAAGCUAACAGAAAUUAACCAGAAUAAAGUUGCUGAGGUUAAUUCACAAGCCAAUCAGCUUAAUCAGCAGCUGGAAGAGCAUAAAAGAAGGAUGGAGAAAUUGGAAAAAGAGAGAAAUGAGCUUCUAUCCUUUAAAAGAAAGGUUGGAGCUUCUGCUAAACGGUCUUGUAAAUGCAUGACUGCUGAAACUACCAAAAGAGAUGUUGGCCUUCAGGUCAGUAUGGGUGAAACAGAAAAUGUUUCAAAUAAACUACUAAAGAAAGACAGACACAAGAAUCAUGGGGAAAAAGUGCAUAAAGAUAUGUCAAGUAAAAAAUCAGAAGAGAGGACUAUGGUUGCUGAUAUAAACUUUAAGAAGCCAAAAGAAACAAAUCAUCAUGCAGAUAAGUUAACUCUUCAGUUAAAAGACUACAUGCAGAUGGUGGAAGGGCUAAUGAAGGAGGUGAAACUUGUUGCUUCUAUGAAAUCUGUUGAGGCUUCUAGUUUUCCUUCAGAAAGAAAUGUGACAGGAGAAGAUGCAGAAAUGAAGUUCCUGAAGAAAAAGCUGAAGUUUGAAAAGAUGCAAGUAAAGCAUUUUAAACAUGCUGCUAAGUUAGAAACUCUUCGCAAUAAUAUACUUCAACAAGAGAUAUGUUGCCUAAAGCAGGAUCUUGUAAGUUUUACAGGUCGUCUGAAUGUACUGAAUAACUGCUUCACAUCUACUGAAGGUACACACAAUUUGGAAAAGACUUGUAGUAGGGUCUUGGAUAUGCCAAGCGCUGGAAUGCCAAAAUUCUUCAGAAAAGAAUCCAGCCAUUUGAAUUCCCAUAAUACUCAUGAUCAUUUAAAGGGAAACACCCAGGGUUGCAUGCAACUUCUCAAGCAUUCCUUAGAAAGUAGUCACCUAAUGGUUCCUAUGGAUGAAGGAUUACCAACUGAAUCCAUAACAGGUAUUACUUCUCAGUUGGAGUCUCUACCCAGAGGCUGCAAUAAAAGUAUGCAGUCUGCAGUAAAUUCCAGUACAGCAUCUUUUUCUAACAGACAAUUUAUCGGCUCACAGGAAAGAGUUUCUCCUUCUGCAUGUACCUCACUUAAGUUGACUGAAUCAAAUCCAGAAGCAAACAUGUCUAGAUUGUCUGGUCAAGAUACUAGAAUAGAGAAUAACAAACAGCUUGCAGUUGUGGUAGAAAAACUUGAUGUUGUUGGAAAAGGGCAUGAACAUAAGAAGAGAAAAAGAGUCCAUGAUGGUAUUGACUCCAUUGGAUAUAAUCAGCCUCACAAUAAUCAGUGGCAGAUGCAGAUAGAGCAGAAACUGUCUAUGCUUCAUGAUAUGCUAAGUCAAAUAAAAAGCCCUCCAGACGAGACAUUGUCAGUGCCUGGUCUUGUGUGCAAACCCAAUUCAAACCCAAAAGCUCACAAGAAAAGAAAGGUUUGUAUUGGGCAUGAAGAGCAUCCAAAGAAGUUGCUUGUCUCUAAUGAUAAUGAGAACAUACAUGAUGGACUUAAUAACUCUAUCAAAAGGAGCUCGGAAAGUAUGGGAAAGUUUGAAGACGUGUCAGAAUAUAACUAUAUGCGUGUGCUCGACUUGGAUAAUCAUGCGGAUGAGGAAUACUACCGCAGUGCUAUAGAAGAGCCGUUGUCUCCGAUUAUAACAAGUUUUCUGUUAAGUGGAAGAAGAAUCGAUGAAUGUGUUGGGGGUGAGAUCUCCCGUGAGAGGUGUUCAGUGGAAAAUGAAAGAUCAAUAUCAGAUUGCACUCUUCAUAUAGACAAUACAUUGGUUGAUUCAUGCAAAUUUAAUAAGGAUACUUUAUGUGUGCCUGAUGGGAUCAAGAUUCCAGAUUCACAUAGUCUGAGUGAUAAAGAUGCAAUUAUUUCAUUUCAUAGAAUGGAGAUGCCUCCCUGCAAACUUCUUCCGAAAUACUGCAUAAUCUUCUCAGAUAUUGAUGAUAGCCGCAGCAUUUCAAGAAUACUUCAUGCUAUCGGAUCCUGUAUGGCUAUGUGCGAAAAAGCUGAUUUAACGGGUUUGACCUUGCAAAAGAUUCUGAUGUCAUUUGUGAAGACUGAAGACCUGUCACACAAGGAAAAAUCUUGUGUGUUGUUGUCACUUGAAUUGCAUAUUUUCUCUGGAUUUUCUUUGGGAAAAUUGGAAAAUUUGAAUGAGCAUCUUAUGCUCCUUUUUCAUUCCAUCGCUGAACAAAUGCAAUCAGUUAUAUCUGAUGCUGUAACACGGAACAGUUUUGUAGAAUUAUGCCUGUUUGGCGAAUUGCUUAUACUAAUUGAAGAAUUUAUUUUAGACUGGAGAGUUAUGGAGCUAAAUGAUGAAUUAUUAUUGGAUGGAGUCAACCCUGUCAGUUGUAGUCCUAGCAUCAAUGUUGUUCUUAAUGGUGCAGAGAGAAUUCUGAAAUAUAGAACGGCUUCUUCUAAUGAAUUCAUGGCUGGGGGUAUAUUGUUAGCAUCAAUAUGUGUAGCUACUAAUAACAUUGGUUUCUUGUGCAUGACAUCCUACAACAUGUUGAGAGUUUCGAAAAUCGAUUCAUCAUUGAGAUUGACUAUCCUUCACAUUUUUGCUUGUAUCUGUGGACCUAAAUAUUUCAAGCUUGAACAUUACCAUUUAGUGACGACCCUGAUUAAAUCUUUAGUCACUUUUCACGAGAAAGCAAGUUUGUCAGCCACAAAAUGCCCUCUGAAUGGAGGUGAGGUUUUUUCAGGGUUCUCUUCCACAAAAUGCCCAUUUUCUGAGGAUGCAAUUUCAGUCGAAUCAGUCAAUUCAUUGCUCUUGGAAGAGCUUCAGAAAUUUGGCUUGUCUGAUGCCCUACAUCAAAAUCUGCUGGAAUUGGUAGCUUUAGAAUAUAUGGAUAAAGGAGGCUCAAAAUCGUUCUCAAGGAACUUGAUACCAUCAAUAUCUGAAUCUGAUGAUGCAACUUUAUGUCGCUUUACUGACGUUUUGUCCUUACUGGAGCUGAUGUCAUUCAACAUGAGCUGGGAAUGGACAUGCAAAAAUACCAUCAGCCGACUUCUGGAAAUCUUGGAUUCGUCUGUGGAGAAGAACUUUUCUGUUAUCAUUAUUGUUCUUCUCGGUAAACUUGGGAGGUUUGGAAUUGAUGCUUGUGGAUACGAACACACUAGCAUUGCAAAUAUAAGAAACCGUUUAUCUAACUUCCUCAGUCAACCAAAAAUUGGGUUCCCUAUCCAGAUUUCUGCUUUCAACUCUUUGCUUGGUCUGCUCUGCAUCCCUUACGAAGAACUAAUGAAUAGCGAUCUCCAGUCACCUACGAUUUCCCUAAGCAAAAUUGGAAAUGUUGAUUGUUUAAGGAAAUGGUACUCCGUCCUGAGAAAUGAACAACAGUCUUUAGUUACUGAUCUCAACUGUGCGGGCCGCUGACUGUUUUUCUUUUUACCCAAGCUGGCAUAUGAAACAGGUUUCAUUUCUAACUCUGUUGUAUAUUCCGUCUUAAAUAUCUUUUUGGUUUUUUCUCGAGGAAAGAUAUGAGGUUACUGAAGAACGGGUAUUCAAGAUUCUUGUUCUUUAUCAAUUUUGCUUGCUGUCUUCUUUUGGGAAGUCAGUCAACUGUUAGAAUUCAGCAAGAAUUUUGUUGUUUCAUUUAGAAAAAAACAGUGCAUAUUAGAGGUUUUUUAGUAGAAAUAUUGUGAUGAUACCUUCAAAGUUUCUCAUUCUGAUGAGUUAGGCCUUGUUUGAUGUGAGUUUCAUUGUAUAUUUCUAUCA